UAAUUCGGGCACUGGGCUGGCCCAGCCGAGAAUAGUUCGUACGUACCGAUCGCGUACCGCGGUUUUAGUCCGUUCGGAACCUUCUGCUCGGUCUAUUGCGUCCGCGUUUGCAUUCGGUUCGGCAAAGUGUUUGGUUCCCUUCUACCGAGCGACCGGGGAGUGGGAACAAUAGUUGCAGUCGCAGCGGCGGAAAACGGAAGAAAACAGAGCGGGGAUUGUCACAGUCUGUAACAGAGUGAAAGCGAACCCCAUAAAGAAGUCGCAGAGUCGGAGCAGACCCGUGAGGUCCUUGUGACCGACCAUGGAGGAGAAACCAUUGUUUGAGGCCAAACACUGCCUCUCGCUAAAAUGUGUGCUCUUCCUGUUCUAUGGAGGUCUGGGAUGCAUCUACCCAUUCCUCCAGACCAACAUGACCCAGAAGGGUUUCGCGUACAGUGAGAUCUACUCCAUCUCGGCGUUCAUCCCGCUGGUUGCACUGCUCGGUCCGUUCGUGUUCGCGCUGCUAGCGGACAAGUGGGCCACGGGAAGUGCCUUCGCGUACGGCAAACGGUUGCGCAUCUUGACCGCCAUCACGAUCAUCGCCUCGAUGGUGCUCUAUGUGCUGCUCAUGUUCGCCGUCAGCCGUACGCCACCGCCGGAGGUGUGCGAACCGCAGGCGAGCUUCCUGUGCAACCGGAAGGGAGCGUUCAUUGUGCAGGAGAAGUGUUCCGAUAGUGGUGUGUGCCAUGAUUGGAGCGCUGACAAGAGUGGAUCGUUGAAGCUAGAAAACUGUACGUAUAGCUGCCAACAGGAGUCUCAGUUCGAAAGCACAUGCUACGCACGUCAAGCCAAGUCAGCACAACUGGUGGCCGCACUACAGGCACAAGAAGACGGCCAAGGCGACGAUGACGGCGAUGGAGGAACGGUGUUGGAUCUGGGCAGCGGUCACGGUUCGAUCGAGCGGGACUCGGAUGGUGAUGGAAUACCGGAUAACCUAGAUACGGACGAUGAUAACGACGGUAUUCCGGAUUCGAACGAUCCGGACUCGAGCAAUGAUCUCGACGGUGACGGUAUCCCGAAUGAGCUGGAUCCGGAUGACGAUAAUGACGGUGUCCCGGAUACGGAGGAUCAGGACGAUGACAAUGAUGGCAUCCCGGACGAUCAGGAUGUGGAUGAUGAUAAUGAUGGUAUACCGGAUUCGCUCGAGGGCAAGGCACGCACCAAUGACCUCGAUGGCGAUGGUAUCCCGAAUGAGCUGGAUGACGAUGAUGAUAAUGAUGGCAUCCCGGAUGCGGAGGAUGACGAUGACGAUAAUGAUGGAAUUCCGGAUGCACAGGAUCUGGAUGAUGACAAUGAUGGUGUACCGGAUGCGCUGGAAGGAAAACCACAGGCCAAUGAUCUCGAUGGUGACGGUAUUCCGAAUGAGUUGGAUGAUGAUGAUGAUAAUGAUGGUAUCCCGGAUGCGAAGGAUGAUGACGAUGACAAUGACGGUGUACCGGAUGCGACGGAUCUGGACGAUGACAAUGAUGGUAUACCGGAUGCGCUAGAGGGCAAAGCGAGAACGAACGAUCUCGAUGGCGACGGUAUCCCGAAUGAGGAGGACGAUGAUGAUGAUGGUGAUGGAAUUCCGGAUACGGAGGAUACGGAUGAUGACAACGAUGGCAUCCCGGACGUUCAGGAUGUGGAUGAUGAUAAUGAUGGUAUCCCGGACGCACGGGAGGGCAAGGCGAAGUUGAACGAUCUCGAUGGCGAUGGUAUCCCGAACGAUCAGGAUCCGGAUGAUGACAAUGACGGUAUUCCGGACGCGGAGGACAACGAUGAUGAUAACGAUGGUGUCCCGGAUGACAAGGACAAUGAUGAUGAUAAUGAUGGCGUACCGGAUUGGAAGGAUCGCACGAAUGCCCACGAUCUGGACGGUGACGGCAUUCCGGAUGCAGAGGAUGACGACGAUGACAACGAUGGUAUCCCGGAUGCGAAGGAUGAUGACGAUGACAACGAUGGCAUCCCGGAUGCGGAGGAUCUGGAUGACGAUAAUGAUGGUAUACCGGAUACGCUGGAGGGCAAGCCCGUGACGCACGAUCUGGACGGUGAUGGUAUACCGGACGAUGAGGAUCCCGAUGAUGACGGUGAUGGCAUCCCGGACACGGAGGAUGACGAUGAUGAUAAUGAUGGCAUACCGGACUCGGAGGAUGUGGACGAUGACAAUGAUGGUAUACUGGAUGUGCACGAUAAGGGUCAACGUGCGAAGAAUGAUCUCGAUGGUGACGGUAUUUCCAACGAUGAGGAUCCGGACGACGAUAACGAUGGCAUCCCGGAUGAUCAGGACAGUGACGAUGAUAAUGAUGGAAUCCCGGACUCGGAUGAUGAUGAUGACGAUAACGAUGGCAUUGCGGACAACCAGGAGACGGUGAUCGUACCGACGGCGAUCGUGUGUGUGGACGCUGACGAGGAGGAUGAGGUGUGCCAUACCUACACCCAGGGUAGCAUUCAGCUGAAGGCCACCUUCGACGAGCACAGUGAACGUGACGAGGGCGACGAGUGCAGCUAUCCGUUAGAUGGCUUCAGAUGUCCGCUCGAUAAGGCCUGGAUAAAGGCACAGCCCGUUGGCUGUAAGGCAGUGGUGCAGUGUGACAUCAUCGAUCCUUAUGAGGAUAGUGAGAGCAUCCUGCACGGAACUACCUGCGAUGGUGAUGAAGACAACGAUGGAGAUGAUGAUGAGGGUGACGCUACCUUCUACUAUUACCUAUCGAUCCGCUCGCUGUUGGACUUCUUCCUACUGGGUGCUCUGACGUUGCUCAACACGGCUAUCGUGGUGGCCACUCGUGAUCCCUCGACUGGAGUGGCCGACUUUGGUCGUCAGUUGGUGUGGGGUGCCGUCGGUUGGAUCAUCUUCUUCAACGAUGACUACGAGCAGCCGUACAUGCUGUUCGUGAUCCUCUACACGACGGCCGCCGUCAUCCUGCUCAGCCCAUUGAAGAUGGACCUAUCGCCGGCGGAAGAGUGGUGGCAGUUCCGGACGAUGCCCCAGAAGUUCCUCUCGGUGCCCGCCGUAAGCAAGUACUUCCAGCGCUGCUGGCUACCCUUCCUGGUGGCGAUCGGUCUCGGGUCGAUGUGGAGUGUAAUCGAUUCGAUCGAUGAGUCCCACAUGCUGGGUGUGCCGAAUGGUAGCGAUGGAGACGAUACGGAUGGUGAGGUGGCGGGUUCGAAGAAACCGUCGGAUCUGUUCCAUACCUUCGUCCGCACGAUUCUGCUCGCCGGCGAUCUGUUGGCCAUUCCGGUGCUCAUCUACUCUAGGCGCAUCAUCGAGGCGUUCGGUACAUGCAAGAUUCUGGUCGCCGCCUUCUUGUCGCUGGUGGUGCGUUUUAUCUUGCUCGCCAUCUUGGAUUACGCGCUGUGGGAUGUGGUGGAGGACUGGUUGUUACCGACGACGCUCGGUCUGACCUGGAUCACGCUGGUGUUGCACUUCCGCGAUCUGCUGCCCCGUAAGGUGACCGGUCUCGCCCAAGCACUGCCUGUGAUAGCUCACUUCGGUUUCGGUCGCUUCUUUGGUGCGUUGAUCGGCAUCGAGCAGCAUUACCACCGGCUGGAGAAUGACUACGAGAUUCUGGCCGGUGUGCUGUUUGCCAUCACCAUCCUGAGCAUCGUGCUGUACCGCUACCGGGAGAUUGUGCUCGGUUGGCUCGGCCAGUACAUACCCUCGCUGAAGCCGGCCGACGCAAACGGUGCUGCAGCCAAGGGUAAAGGUGAAACGAACGUCUAGACUGCUGAUGGCUGAUGAUUUUUUUGUUAUUUGUUGCGGGGAGUGUUUCGGAGCAUUUCGGAGCAGUGGCUGGGCUCAAGAGGAGGGAUGUAGUUUAUGGCACCGGAACGUGCACGUGCGAAUGUGAGCAAAAGACCGAAUAAAAUUAAAAAAACAAUCGGCCAGCAACGUUCUGGGUUCUGGUGUGCGAGUGUGUUGCUUUAGUUGCGGAAUUUGUUAUCGGUAAAUAAAUAGUUGAUAACCAUUGUGAA